GGUUCCUUUUUGAGCUCAACUUUGCCUCUGUGGUUUCGCUCAUGGAUGAAUCGGCGCCUGAAAAGGAGCAAUUUCAGCUUCAAAAUAGUAUUUAUUAUAACUCAUUAAGAAGGAAACAUAUAAACAAUGCAAGUGCACUUGUGACUUGUAAUGGCUUACAGAGUUAUAACAAUUUGAAUGGCACUCUGAGCAAAACUACCAAUUUUUCUAAGAACUUUCAUUCUACUUCGAUUCCGAGAAGAGUUCAAAUGGGGCAAAGAACCAUAACAGAGAUGCUUAGUUAUCCUCUCGACAAGAAGACGAGAUGUCCUAAUAAAUUUUCCUCGGAAAUAGUUUCUGGCACUGCACCGGUACUCUCGCCAAUUAAUGCUACAAGUGAUUGCGGAAAUUUUAACGGCUAUUCAAAAAAAGCCGAUAUAUUGCUUAACGGUUCUCGUGUGAAGAGCAAUCUUAAAAAUAACACAAGGGCGGUUUCAGAGGGCUCCUACUCCAAACACAAGGGCAAUAUAUAUUUUAAAAAAGCCUCCGCAGAGCCGGUUCUUUCUGCAAUUCAAAAAACUUUUGCUUUCAAUACCCAAAUAUCUCAAGAUUAUAACCUAUACGCUUUAUUCGACAUCGUUCUUUCCCGGUUAAAGGGCUAUAAGCCGUGGCCUGCUCUCAUCUGUCCCGAGGAAUCUACGCAGUUAUACAAAAGACUCAAGAAAGCCUCGUCGCACAGCCAAAAGCAGUUUUUUUUUUACCAUGUGUGCUACUUCGGGCCCCGCCGUGGGACUGGUUCUGCCGAGAAGCGCUUCUUUAGAUUUUUUAUAACUUUUGUAUUGUGUGAAGGUUGGGUCCGUCUUGAUCGUCUCUCUCUGUUUAACAAGGAUAGCGAGGUUUUUGAAGAAGUAUACCACGCUGCAGGCGGUAAGCAGUACGUUGAUGCGGUCCAUGAAGCCCACUUUGCUAUGAACUUGGCUGCCCACGAAAGAUACUCCUUUUUACUGGACGCUCUGUAUUAUUCGCCUAAAGACCUCCAGACGAGCUAUCGAGCUGAAGAUAUUUCUGCCUCGCCGACUGUUUCUGUUGAGAAAAUGGAGAAUGCAGAUCUUGUAGAAGAAAACGAAGACCACCUUGAAAAGGAAAAAAAAAAAUUGGUGGUCAGCAAUCUAAAGCACCAGCAGCAAAGUCGGAGCUGCGCCCUCUGCUCUCGACCCGGUGCUUGUCUUCCCUGUGGCGGUGCCUCCACCACAAACUUUAUUUGUCCCAAUUGCCUUGGUGGCGCACUUUUAUGUUUUAUUUGCAAGCAACUGGACGACCGCCCUUUAUAUCGGUGCGCUGUCAAAAAGUGCAUCCGGAGCUAUCACAUGCAAUGUUUACAGCAACACGUGUCUUUCGAGUACGACUCGAAGACGGGUGCUCUCGCUUGCCCGUUGCACAAGUGUUCUAACUGUAGCGGUCCUAUCAAAACCGGGUUGCUUGCUUGUCUGGAAUGCACCAACUCUUAUCAUCGAGAAUGUUUGCCUGCAGCAUGCGAGCUGUAUGCUUCAGUGAUUCGCUGUCCGGCCCAUUUGGAAAGCAAGAAGCAGCUGAACAUUAUUUUCUGCAUGUUGUGCUUUGAAGGAGGCAACCUCGUACUCUGCGACAGCUGUCCAGCCGCCAUAUGCGAUCACUGCUCUCUAAAGACAGGCGUCCCCGUCGAGAAGGAUCAUUGGAUCUGCCACGAUUGCGUCUCUGGAAAAUUUGUUAAAGCGGGAGACGUUGUUUGGGCGCGACUCGGUUCGCAUCGGUGGUGGCCCGCCAGGGUACUCGCCCAGGAGGAGUGUCUCCGUCGCCUUAACCCAGCAAGGAGAAGAGCCUUUGACCUCGGAGUCUACUUUUUCGGCUCGAGAGACUACGCAUGGAUCCCUAAUAACCGAGUCUUUCCAUACUGCGGCGUGGUGGAGGAGGCAAAGGCAAACACGAAGGCUUCGAAAGCCCUAUUCAAUCGGGCUGUGGUGGAGGCCAACGCGUUCUACAAGGAAGAGUCCCUCCAGCGAGCUUUACAGUGGGAACUUGUCGAGGGCAGCCGGCCGCCGCCGUACCGCAAAAUCCGAAAGAACGUCUACUCCAGGAACCUUAAGAAAAUGAUCCCUUUCCUCUACGGCCGCUGUGAUUGCGUGUUGGCCCUCGAUGAACACAAGAAGUGCCUUGAGGAUUGCGUGAACAGGAUCAUGUGUGUGGAAUGUAGCCCUAAGCAAUGCGAUCCUCUCAUUUGCCAGAACCAGCGACUACGUAAGCGGCAGUAUGGGGACGUCUAUACUUUUUUGACCACCAAUGGAAAACGCUGGGGUCUAAAAUGCCGGAACGCAUUAGCUCCUGGUGAUCUUGUGAUAGAAUAUGUUGGGAAGCUUAUUCAUCUGGACGACGCGAGGGUGCUUAUGCAGAAGAUGGUGGAAGAAAACAAACAGAAUUUCUACUUUCUGACUUUAGAGCAGGACAUUGUGAUUGAUGCGCUUGAGAUGGGGAACGAAGCGCGAUUUAUCAACCACAGUUGCGAUCCGAACUGCCAGACGCAGAAGUGGAUGGUGGGCGGCCGGCCACGCGUGGGCAUCUUUGCCAUCAAGCACAUUUCUCCCGAUACGGAAAUCACGUUUGACUACAAGUUCGACACGCACUUCUUUCAGAACACUCCAGACGCACAAGCCACUGUGUGUCUCUGCGGCACUGCCAGUUGCAGAGGCGUCCUCGGCGGGACGAAGAGCAGGGAUCCCCCCAAAAGAAGUAUUGUUGCUCCGCCCGCCAGAAAGAAGGCGAAGCGCAAGACUUCCGCUGUGAAGAACAAAAAAAACUACUCUGAGGACUUUUGUUUCAUUUGCGAUUUGGGCGGGAGCGUUAUCAUGUGCGACUUUCCUCAUUGUCCAAAAGUGUACCAUCUGAAGUGCAUAGAAAAGAGCAAGGCCCCUUACGGCACGUGGCACUGUCCGUGGCACUUCUGUGUGGUCUGCGGCAAAUACGCGACCAACUUGUGCUCCACGUGCCCCCAAUCGUCCUGCGAAGCCCAUUCUUCCGAUCCGGCUAUACGCUUCAUAAAAGAGAAAAACUCGGCAUACGAUUUGCUGCAGAAAAGGCUGAAGGGCGUCCAAAUCGGCCAAUGCAGGGGUUGUGCUUCUGGUGAGGACGAGGAGAUUUUCUCGCCAGACAUUGACAGCGAGGAUAAAACUUCAGUCGUUACCCUCCGAGUUCUUCCUUAAACUCACUACUUUUUCAGAAAACGGCAGUUUAGAAUUUUUUAUAGUUCGUGUUAAUGCUUUUUUCAAUGGCAAUAGUAGAGAUCUUGCUAGACACUUAAUUGUAUGUACCUAAAAAUAAUAUAACUCGAUUGUUAGAAUAAAAAGGGGUUUUACAUACCAAA